UUUUCUGCCGAUUUCUUCGCUACCGGAGGUUGCAUUUCUACAGGACAAUGGUUAAUGCAAAUGAAGAGAAUGAAUCUUCAAAACGGAACUCAAUUUCUGAGAAUGAUGUAGCUCAAUCAGUUAAUGCUCCGUCAACUUCAAAUAUGAACGUUGGAAACACUGUGGCUUCUUCUGGAAUUGCAGACAAUAUGGAAGAGUCUGAGUAUGAGGAUGAUGGGGAAUAUGAGGAAGAAGAUAAUGAAGAAUAUGAGGAUGAAUACGAGGAAGAGGAAGAAGAAGUACCAGAAGAAGAAAUGGUAAAUGAUGGAGGAAGAGCAUUGGUGGUAGUUGAUGAUGACCGGCCUAAUAUAGAGGAAGAGCACAAGAAAGGUAAGGGUAUAGUAGAAGAAACAAACAAGGAAAAUGCUGUAGAGGAAAAUGCUAUUAAGGGAGAAGAUAAAGAGAAAGCUGAAGAACCAAAAAAUGGUGAGGAAUUAGGUGAGAAUUCAAAGAGAAAAGGAAGAAGACUUAGGAACAAGAACAAAAAUAAGGCUGCACAAAAAGUGUCUGCCACAGUGCCCACUAAUGGAGAUAAGCCAGAAUCAUCCACCAAAAAGAAUGCCUCAAAGAGGGUUGAGAGCAUGGGGAUGGUCUUCAUGUGUAGUUCGAAAACAAAAAACGACUGCUUCCGCUACAAGAUUCUUGGGCUGCCUGCAAAUAAGAAAGAUCAAGUAGCAAAGAUAUAUAAAGGGAUGAGGCUGUUUCUCUUUGAUGUUGAUCUGAGGUUGAUGUAUGGGAUUUUCAAAGCUGCUGGACCUGGAGGUUAUAACAUUGAACCUAAGGCUUUCAAGUCAGAGUUCCCAUCUCAAGUUCGAUUUACUUUGCUUGAGGAUUGCUUGCCAGUGGCAGAGGAGAAAUUUCGGGAUGUCCUUAAAGAAAACUACUUCACCCGGAACAAAUUUGAAGGUCUGCUGAAGGCAGAGCAGGUGAAGAAGUUGUGUAAGCUUUUCGUGGGCACAGGUAAAGGUGGGCCCCGUUCCAGAACCACCAUUAAACCUCGUAGAACUGGACCAGUUGAAACCCGUCGAGUUAGAACCAAUAGAAUUGGACCAGUUGAAACCCGUCGAGUUAGAACUGAUAGAACUGGACCAGUUGAAAUCCGUCAAGUUAGAACCGAUAGAACUGGACCAGUUGAAACCCGUCGAGUUAGAAUCGAUGAAAGCCGUAGAAAUCGAGCCGCAGACGAUUUACACGCAUCUAGAGACCGGAAGAAACGUAAACGACGUCCCCGAGUGGAAGAACAGCAUCCUCUUUCCCCAUCAGGUAGGGAGAAACGAAGGUACACCGACUACAAACGGUCCCCCGUCUUGUAUGAUCGUGAACCCCCGGUCCCACGAUAUCUACCACCACUACCUCCACCGUCCAUAGCCUCUCCGGUUAGGUCGUACAGCUAUGAGCGACCUUUGGACCUUCACCCUUACAUCCGUGACCAUGUACCCGAUCCCCGCAGUUACCGUGUACUAGAGAUAGACCCGCGGCACCAUGAUGAGCUCCUUAGACGGGACCUGGACCGGACCCGAGACCGGGACCGAGACCAGUAUUACGUAUAUAGUAGAGAGGCUCCUGUAUACCGUGAACCCCUCUACAACGCCCCACCACCCGAGUACCACCUUGUAAGCAGAGAGUACCAUCAUCCUGUGGUCCACCAAGCGGAAUAUCGUUUUCCCGAAGUGUCACGCGUACCUAGUUAUCGUGACGUGGGUCGCGAGGCUGAUUAUCGUUCUUCGGCAGCGUUACCCGAAUACCGUUCUCAUCGAACCCAUUACAGAUAUUAGUUUCGUUAUCGGAAAUGUACAAUAACCUUGUAAUAUCUUUGCUUUCAUCCGCGGAGCUUCCAUUAGUUUCCCUAACAAGUAGCAUUCGGAAAAGAUUCACAUGUUCCUUUUGAAGAAGGCAUUUUGAUUUAUUGUGGAGCAAUUUGUACUGUAAUCACUCCGUGUUUCAAAAU